AUGUCGCUGAACCUUACGAACAACACUCGACGUAGUAAUCCAACUAAUGAUGAAGCUACAACAGCGAGAAGUGGCCCCAAGCCAGAUCCAGUUGGGUCAGCAAACGACCCCGAGAUGCUUAAGCAUUUAUACGUCCUGGAGCAAUUCCAGGCCGAGAAAGUGGGAUGGGGAAAGCGCCCCUUGAGAGGGCCAAGCUCGAAAUGGGUGGACACGCAUCGAUAUCCUAUAUGGACUGGCGAGGGUGCUCGAACGGAUGUGUUACGAGCUUGCGAGAAUGCUGAGCGCAGUGAGCACGCAAAGGUCUGCCAAUGCUCCGAGCCCUUGAGUUCGCUCUUGACUCAGGAUCUCUGA